AGAGGUUUAAAGAGUCCUGUUCUCUGUCCUUCCUGAAUUCCCAUACUGUACUGUACAGGGCCAGACUGGAGAGACUGAUCGCAGCCAGGACGCAGCUCCUCACGCAACAUUGCAACAUCUUCUCUACUCUUUUCUUCUGUCUCUUGGUUCUCUGAGGGACACAGAGCCAGGGAGUUGGACAGGGACUGCAGCUCUCUCAGUCCCCUAGCAACCUACCUUCUCUACGGGUGAACCUCAGGACCUCUGCAUCCAUCAGCUCUCCAGAACCCAACCUAAUCCAGCAGAACUACCCCAUCUCACCCAAAAGGGUGACAGCAGAGUCAGCCAGAGAAAACAGGCUCUACUCUACCUCUACAGGUCAUUGAUCUCAGCCCAGCUUUCCGGUAACCAGUACUCAUCCCUCAGAAGGCUCCAUCGACUAUCCCUCUUCUCAGCCCAGCGCCACCUCUCAGAUAUGGGGAACCACGGCUCUAACCUGGAUGAUAUCCUGGCAGAGGAUAUGCACCACUGGUACAACAAGUUUAUGAAGGAGUCUCCGUCAGGACUCAUCACGCUGUUCGAACUCAAGGGCAUGCUGGGUCUGCGGGGGAUGAACGAGAACGCUACCAGCUACGUGGACCAAGUCUUCUUCACCUUCGACAUGGACGGGGACGGGUACAUAGAUUUUGUAGAGUACAUCGCAGCCAUCAGCCUGAUGCUGAAGGGAGAAAUCAACCAGAAACUCAAGUGGUACUUCAAAUUGUUUGACCAGGACGGCAACGGGAAAAUCGACAAGGAUGAGUUGGAGACAAUAUUCACGGCAAUCCAGGACAUCACGCGGAACCAGGAUGUCACCCCAGAGGAGAUUGUGUCGCUCAUAUUCGAGAAGAUCGACAUCAACGGAGAGGGUGAGCUGACCCUAGAGGAGUUCAUUGAGGGGGCGAAGGAUCACGACGACAUCAUGGAGAUGCUGAAGAAGAUGAUGGACCUCACGCCCGUACUCAUCAUCAUCGUCCAAGGAAUAGUAGUCUGAGAGAGGCCUGGCCAACCACUGCCGUAGCCACUAUGUACACCUGCGUCCGGGGAGAGAGAUGACAGAAAGACUUAAGUCCAUUACAAACAUUUACCCCACAAACUAAUAAUUGUGAGAUUUUCCCGCACAAUGAACCUGAGGGAAUGCGUUACCUUAUGAAACAAGACUGUUGUUCCCCAAUGAGGCUUCUAUGUCACACUGCCAGGUCUGGGGGUGGAGACAAUAUAGUCCGUACAUAGUGGAUCCUAGGAAGAGAAGCAGCUAACAGGGUUCCGAAUAACUAAUUAAUAAAUAGUCCCAGACUGCUGAAGACUGAGGCAUCCAGUCCUAUACUGCAGCCCACUAACCACCCACAGAUGACGGGAUGGAUGAAGGGAGGAUGACAUUGAGAGACCCUUUUUCAACACCAUCACAACAAACAAACUGAAUGACAGAGAACAUUUAAAGGGACAGCUAUGGAGAGCGGUAAAGAUACCAUCUUCACAUUCUACCUGUUUGUGUUUGCUCUCUGACCACUCAGCAAGAUGAACACUUGGAUUCUGAGAGAGAGAGAGAAUUCUCUAUCAUAAAUCAUCACUAUAGGGCCAGGAGUUUUCCUGACCAUUUGACCGCGACAAGGAGAUGCUUUGGGCUUAAAUUAUAGGCUAUGUUCAGGAGUCAGGUCACAUCGUCAGGUAAAGGUCUUGUGUCGAAUCAUCUCCUCUGUAGGUAUGACCAUAAACAGGCACAGAUAGAGACCCUAGGGGUUCUGAAGUGCCUGCCCUUUUUCCCUCCUCUCGAUUGGUGGAAUUACUUUGUUCUUUUUUCCCCAGUCCUAUCCCCCCCUUGAGACACCAGGAGAGCCGAGAGCGUCAUGUUGCCAUUUUUAAAGUCACGCACCCUCCCCCCGUCCUUGACCUUUCCUUAAUAAGUCUACAUUACACAGAAUCUUAUUAUCACAAACUGAAUUUGUGUUAUAAGAGGUUUUAAGAGGUAAUUUCUUGUCCCUGCCCCUCAUUCAACACCAGUCAUUCACACUCUGUCAGCCUACCCAGCUGAUGGCCCAUCGAAACUGCACCUAAACUAUAUCAAAACUAAUUUCACACAUAUAAUAAUAGAAUUAGCCUAAAGACAAGAUUACAUUGACAAUAGUCUGAUGAGUGACAAUAUUAUCAAUUGUCAAAUUGUAUAUGAAGAGAUGGGCGCAGCUUGGAAUUGACACAGAGGCAGGGAGCGCUAAAAAGUCCCUUUUUCAAACCCUUCUGCAGAGUUACAUGCAUGUAAGAUGUUUUGAUGUCUAUGUAGUAUUAGAAAGAGCAGAUUCUGCAGUUUCUUAUACAAUUACCUUUGUCAAAUAAUGCUGCAAAUUUACUGUACAUACACAGUUUAUUAGGUACACCCAUCUAGUACUGGGUCGGGACCCGCCUUUGCCUUCAGAAUAGCCUGAAUUCUUCGGGGAUGAAUACUACAGGUCGGAAACUUUCCACAGGGAUGUUGUUCAUGCUGACGCGAUGGCAUCAUGCAGUUGCUGUAGAUUGGACAGUGGUACACCACCACCCGCCUGUACCGUUGACAUUAGGCAGGAUGGGUCCAUGGACUCAUGCUGCUUACACCAAGUCCUGACUCUGCCAUCAGCAUGACGCAACAGGAACCGGGAUUGGUCGGACCAGGCCGUGUUUUUCAACUCCUCAAUUGUCCGGUGUUGGUGAUUGAGUGCCCACUGGAGCCGCUUCUUCUUGCUGGUAGGAAUGGAACCCGGUGUGUUCGUCUGCUGCAAUAGCCCAUCUGUGAGGACCGACGAGUUGUGCAUUAGCCUACAAUGUGUGAUGUUGUUUUGCUGAAAAUGAAGGCCUAUGCAAAACAAUUAAUAAUGGUGAAUUUGGCAAAAGGAGAAGUAGAACACUUUGAAUUCAAAACCAGCUCCAUCAAAGGUCUGUGCACGACCCUGAUCACAAAUCAUGAAUCUCUAUUAUCAAUCUAGUCCCGUCUUUCAGGUCUUCGGUCUGUUAUGUUUGCUCGGUGCACACACACGUCUCUAUCAUAUCUAUCACUAUCUACUAAUCAUAGUAGUCAUCAUUGGGCUAGCUAGCAACAUGACGGAAGUAAAAAAUCAGAAGUCGGCUUUCAAGAUCAUAUCAUGAUUUUCCAAACAUUUUGGAGGCAAAGUAGACUACUACAGUGUAUGAUUUACAUAUGAUGUGAAAGGUGUGACUACAGUGUGACUCUGUAGUUCAUUACUUCCUGUAUGUUUCAGUUAUCUGUAAUACUGUUUCCAGAGCCACUGUGGAAGGAACCAAGAAUUCCUUUCAUGACAAUUUCACAACAAUUUCAUUAUGGGAAUUCUAAUGAAUGCUGUAAGUAUUGUUUAAUUUGUCUUACAUAUAUUUUUAUAUUCUGAGAAUGAGUGGGUAUGUGCUGUAUACUGAUAAGAAGGCUAGAAUGAAAGGCUUUAUGUUUUUAUAUAUUAUUAUAUUAAAUCAUAUAUUCAUAUAUUAUUAUAUGAAAUCAGAUUUUGAUUUGUCAACUGACAUCUGCAAAAGUAC